AUGAGCGGGAGUCCAAUCAUAGGGCUGCUAGGAGGGGGGAGACCAGAAGAAGAUAAACCUGGAACCUUAGGAGUCGAGGAAGAGGAUGAGGUCCUCCCUGGUCGAACUCCCAGCCGAGGACUCAUACAUAGAACAUUCUGGCAGAGGAUGUAA